ACAUUUUUCAUUAGUUUUCUUUUAUUUUUAAUCAUGUCUUAUAAUUUACCUCAAGUGACUUUUCAUUUCUCACUUCCAAGUUCCAAUAGAGCUAUGAUUUUAAAAAAGAAAAAGCACUUUUCCCCUAAAAAGGAAGAAAAAGAAAAAGCACUUCAAUCAUAAAUUAAUGAAAACAUUGGUACCUAGUCGUCUUGGUGGCUGGAAGUUUUGUUUCUUUCUCUGUAGCCUGUAUUGACUAGUCUUCUUGCUCAAGUUGUCCCCUACUUGAUUGCUAAAAUAUAUAAGUAUAUACUUAAACAAGAAGGAGAGCUAAGCUAAUUGAUGCCAUUGACUUCAUCACUAUUCCUUAAACUCAAGUCACUGCGAUUAUCAUCCGAAGAUCCAUCAGUUUGUACGUAAUGGAUCGUCAGGAGAGUAGUAAGUUGAACAAUUAUGGAGUUGCAGCAGCUCGACCCUUAAUCAAUAUCGUCUUCUCUUGGUCACUUGAGGAUGUUCUCAAUGCACAUCUUUACCGAAAUCAGGUGACAAAGAUUCCUGAUACAUUUUCUACCGUGACGAGUUACAUGAAAUCUUUCAUUCCUUCACUUGUUGAGGAAACACAUGCUGAUCUACUCUCAAGCAUGAUGAAUCUGUCGCAGGCCCCUACUCUCGAAAUUCUGACUGUUAAAACUUCUAAGAAUCAUGGACCUCCUAAAGACUUGUUUUAUGAUGUUACUUGUGUAGGAACAUAUGUGCCACAGGUUGGAGAUCUUAUUGCCUUAACUGAUAUUAAACCAAAAUGCGUUGAUCAUUUGAACGGGCCCAGAAUUUCCUAUCUCAUUGCAUAUGUUCAUCAAAGUAGAGACAGUAAUCUCUCAAUACUCUCGUCAAAGCAUAUCGAUACAGGAAGAUACACGCAUAUUAAGAGCAAGACAGAUACACUUUUUGCUGUCUAUCUACUGAACAUGACAACAACUGUUCGCGUAUGGAAAGCUUUGAACUCAAAAGGGGCAAAUACAAGUUUAACUAAAAACUUGCUGCAACCGCAAGCCAAUUCAUCACAAGGUAGGAAUUCGUGUUCAAUUUGCUUUGACAACGAAAAAUGCUACCUAUCUGCUACAUUUCAUGCAAUGUGCUCUGAUCUAAAUGAUUCCCAAAAGGCUGCAGUUUUGAAUUGUAUUAGUUUAAGUAAAUGCAACCACCGUAAUACCAUAAAACUAAUAUGGGGACCUCCUGGAACUGGAAAAACGAAGACAGUCGGUAUGUCACUCUUUGCCAUGGUUAAAUUGAAGUGCAGAACAUUAACAUGUGCUCCAACCAAUAUUGCCGUGUUAGAAGUAACAGCACGCGUGCUGAGAUUGGUAAAUCAGUCACUUGAUUACGGUAAGUACGGGCUUGGGGAUAUAAUUCUAUUUGGGAACGAGCAGAGGAUGAAGAUUGAUGAUCAUGAUGACCUUGUUGAUGUAUUUCUUGAUUAUCGUACUAAAAUUCUGGCCGAGUGUUUUGCCCCUUUGAGUGGAUGGAAACAUCGGUUAGCAUCAAUGAUUGAUUUACUUGAGGAUCCAAAGGAAAAGUACGCAGCGUAUUUGAGAGAAAAAAGGAGAAGAAACAAUGAGGAUAAAGAGGGCGAUAAUACAUGGAUGAAGAUGCUGAAGGGAGUGAUAAUGUCGUUAAUCAAUGGUAGAAACUCAACAAGUGACGAUGAUAAUGAUCUUAUGACAUUUGAGGAGUUUGUGAAGGAAGAAUUUGAUUCCAUUGGUGAGUGCCUCAAGAUUUGUAUGGUAAAUUUGUACACCCACUUACCAACUUCUUGCAUGUCCAUAAAGGUAGUCAAGGACAUGAUUACAGCUUUGGAUUUGCUCAACUCUUGCAAAUAUUUAUUUGAUGAGGUUGGUUUUUCUAAUGAAAGGAUGCAAUUAGUUUGUAUACUGAGGUCGCUUCGCGCAUUUUCUGUUCCUAUUUUGACUGACGAGAAGGAAAUAGGUAAUUUUUGCUUGGAAAAUGCUUGCUUAAUAUGUUGCACUGUCUCGAGCUCUUCUAAAUUGUACACAAAAGGAAUGAAACCGGUAGAAAUAUUGAUGGUUGAUGAAGCUGCUCAGCUUAAAGAAUGUGAAUCGUUAAUUCCUUUGCAACUCCCUGGUCUUCGCCAUGCUAUUCUCAUUGGGGAUCAAAGGCAACUCCCCGCUAUGGUGAAAAGCAAGAUCUCCGAGAAGGCUGUAUUUGGGAGAAGUUUGUUUGAAAGACUUGUACAGUUGGGACACGAGAAGCUCCUUCUCAAUGUCCAGUAUAGAAUGCAUCCUUGGAUCAGUUUAUUUCCUAAUAGAGAGUUUUACAACCACCGGUUACUAGAUGGUUCGAAUGUCAAUAAAAAAAGCUAUGACAAGUGCUUUCUUUCGGGAAAAAUGUACGGAUGCUACUCGUUUAUUAAUAUAGCCAAUGGAAAAGAAGAAUUUGAUCGCGGGAGUAGCCAGAAAAAUAUGGCUGAGGUUGCUGUGGUCUAUGAGAUAGUUGCAAGCCUAUACAGAGAGUUCACUUGCACAAAGAAGAAGGUUAGUGUCGGAGUAAUAUCACCUUACAAAGCACAGGUUGAUGCAAUUCAAGCGAGGGUCAGAAAAUACAGUGCAAACUCUGGAACUAGUGACUUUGCCCUAAGUGUGCGAUCUGUUGACGGAUUCCAAGGUGGCGAAGAGGAUGUGAUAAUAAUCUCCACAGUCAGAUGUAAUGAGAAUGGAUCUGUGGGAUUCCUCUCGAAUCGUCAGAGAGCGAAUGUGAUGCUAACACGUGCAAGGUAUUGUCUUUGGAUAUUGGGGAACGAACCAACUUUGGUUAAGAGUGGGAGUAUUUGGAAGAAGGUAAUUGUUGAUGCUAAGAAACGCAAAUGUUUCUAUAAUGCUGAGGAGGACAAGGACUUGUCUCAGCCUUUGGCACCUGCCCUUGUGGAUUCGAGCAGUUCCCGGGAAGUUGAUCCCGCGGAGUUCCUUUCAAAACCGUUAUCUUCUCUCAGUCUAACAGGAGAGCCACAGACACCAUCAAGUAGUUAUAGAUGAGCUUAAAGCCAAGGCGGUGAUUAAGCACUUAAGCUUGCUUAGUUGAUGAUGCAUGAAUAAUUAGAAAACACCGAGGCUAAAACCUCACACCUAAUAUUAGGUGGUUCAUAUUACUUGCUGUAAUAUUUGAUUGAUCACUACAACUACUAAGGUAAACGUUUGGUGAGAUUAUAACAAUAUCUACUCCACUUAUCCCA